AUGCCUCUCCGCGCCAAGAUUCUGAGUCCCGCCAUGCAACAGAGUGCUGCAAGACAAGUGAGCGAACAUUACCCCACUGAUAGAUGCAGGAAACUGACUGACCAUAGCCGCCAUAGUUCGCAUCAGCAACCGACAUCAAGGAAUUACCCGGCGACGAACCCAACGAUGUCCUGUUCGGCAGUCAAGGCGGUGUGCGCAAUAUUACCCUCAACCGACCGAAGAAGCUGAAUUCGCUGAAUGGCAGCAUGGCGCGCAAGAUCAUUCCCAGACUGCACGAAUGGAGCAAGAGUGAAUUGGCAAAUGUUGUCGUCAUCAAGGGCGAAGGGAGAGCGUUCUGUGCUGGAGGAGAUGUCGCAUGGUUGGCGCAGAGAAACAAGGAGGGAACCGAGGGCCAGCAGGAGAGCAAGGACUACUUCGCCCUGGAAUACAAGUUAGAUCAUCUGAUCUCGACGUACAAGAAGCCAUACGUUGCCUUCAUCGACGGCAUCACUAUGGGCGGUGGUGUCGGUCUAUCUCUACACGCACCAUUCAGGAUCGCAACGGAAAACACCGUCUUCGCAAUGCCUGAGACCACCAUCGGCUUCUUCCCAGAUGUGGGCGCUUCAUUCUUCCUUCCUCGCAUGGACGGAGAGCUUGGAAAGUACUGUGCUCUCACUUCAGAGCAGAUCAAGGGCGUGCAGGUAUUCUAUGCUGGUAUUGCAACACACUACAUCCACUCUUCCACCCUCCCUGAUCUGGAAGCACGCCUGGGAGAGCUCGACUUCAAAGACUAUGAGUCCCUUCGCUCGCGCCAUCAGAUCAUCAACCGAACCAUUGAGGAGUUCGUCACCGGUCUUCCACACGAUCAACCCAUCGCAGGACCAGUAGGGGGCAACAUCCGUGCAGCAAUCGACUACGUCUUUCAACCCGCUAACGACAUCAAAGGAAUCCUCGAUGCUCUUCAGGGUUUCGUAGAGAUGGAAGAGGGCACUCGCGGAUAUCAUGACGUCCAUCCUUGGGCCGUGAAGACCUUGAAAACAAUUCUUCAACGCUCACCCACUUCUGUCAAGGUCACACUCCGUCAGCUCCGCGAUGGCGCUAAGUGGAGUAUCGCGCACACUUUCAAGAAAGAGCACGCCAUCGCGGCACGCUUCAUGGAACAUCCUGAUUUUAUUGAGGGUGUUACUGCGCUGCUGGUCGACAAGCCCAAGCGCACGCCGAGCUGGAACCCGGAUUCUAUUGACAAAGUAACAGACGCCGAUGUCAACAGCUUCUUCACCCAUGAGACUGAAUUCGAUCUUCUGGACGCGAGCGCUGGUGGGACUGGAGAGGAUUACUACCGCUACCCGCACCAAUGGAUCGGAUUGCCAUCUGAGGGGGCGGUGCAGCAGCAAGUCACGGACGGGAAGUCGCGAGAUCAGGUCCUGGAACACUUCAUUGAGGUGACGCAUGGAAAGCAGGGUGUGAAGGAGAAGGUAGAGGAGAUUUUAAACCGUAAGACGCAGUCGGUGAAGGGGAAGAUGGAGUGGCAGAGGUAG